AUGAGUUCCUACCAGCAAAAGCAGCCCUUUGUCCCACCCCCUCAGCCUCAACAGCAUCAGGUGAAGCAGCCUUGCCAGCCUCCACCUCAAGGACCAUUUGUUUCUGUAACCACGGAGUCAUGCCACACAAAUGUUCCACAACCAGGAAACACCAAGAUUCCAGAGCCAAGCUAUGCCAAAGUCCCUGAGCCAGGAUAUACUGUGAUUCCUGGGCCAGGUUAUACCACAGUCACUGGGCCAUGCUCUACUAACAUUCCUGGGCCAGAUUAUACCACAGUCACUGGGCCAUGCUCUACCAACACUUCUGGCCCAGAUUAUACCACAGUUACUGGGCAAUGUUCUAGUAAUAUUCCUGGGCCAGGAUAUACCACAGUUACUGGGCCAUGCUCUACCAACAUCCCUGGGCCUGUAUAUACCACAGUUACUGGGCCGUGCUCUACCAACAUCCCUGAGCCAAGCUGUACCAUUGUUCCUGAGCCGUGUUCUACCAACAUCUCUGAGCCGGGAUAUACUACAGUCCCUGGGCCGUGCUCUACUAACGUCCUUGAACCUGGCUAUGUGAAGGUCUCAGAGCCGGUCUAUACCAAGGUCCCUGAGCAGGGCUACACCAAGAUGCCUGACCAGGGAUAUGCUAAGGUACCAGAGCCAAGCCAGUCCAAGGUUCCUGUUAUUCCAGAAGUAACUCAGCUGAAGACCAAGCAAAAGUAAUG